AUGCCGGGACUGAGACUCAGGGCACAAUCACAGGCUAACCCAAUUUCGGCGACUCCCCUUUCGCCCCUGAACGCACGCUCCACCUUCCCUUUGCUGUUCCCCAGCAGUUGGCCGCUUGGUCGGGUGCCAUUUUUCGCCAAUAGUUGGCCGUCAGCCACCAACACGAGCUGCUGCUCCAACAGCAAUCCACACCCUUCCGCUAGGGUCGCUUCAGCGUUGUUGUCCAAGCCGCCAAGGAGAAGCACCAGUUUUCGCUCUUUCUUGCCAGGACGAAGCGCAAUUGGCCGCAUAACACUCGACUGCAUUGAGAACACCACCACCACCAUCUCCUCUUCCUCCCUUGAAGCAAAACCUAAAUUCGCUGUCCGAGCUAUCGUCGUUGCUGCCGCCGCUACAACCGUCCCCAGGCUUCUGCAUUUCUUUGUCCGAGGCCCCACCCGCCUAGCUGCAAACCUAAUCGUUCAACUGCACAACUCGAACCUACGCCGCCUUCUCCCCAAUCACAUCCCAUCGCCGCCUACUCGACUUGUGCUGCCACUUCAAUCGAAGUCUUCGUCGUCGCUACUGCCGCCGCUUAAAGAGGCCCUGGCGACCUCUACGAGCCUGGCCCUGGCUUUCCUGCAAUCUCGUCCUCGACUACCAGCCCAGUACUCCACCGUGCCCCAUGCAUCCGCCAACCCUCGCCUUGCCACGCUAUCGCAGCAGCCUACCUAUCCCGGCGCUUCGCCCGAGCUUGAUCAGCCAGUAGCCGCUGCCGGCCUGCCCCAGGCCCGCAGUCCAUCACUCAUUCGCAACUACGACCCCAAAGACUACUUUCUGCACUCUCCCUUUCGAAAUCGUGCAGCCUCCUCCGCCGCUCGUCGACUCCCUCACCUUUCGGCUGCUCGUCUCUGGAACCCUACUAAUUCCACACCAAGACUUCCCGAAAAGAGAGUCCGCAAACGACGUCCAUCAACGCCAGCCCCUCCCGCAGUUCCCCUAACCCAUCCGACUCUCGAUCCCUCUUCCGUCGAUCCCUCUGACCCCCUGGGUAUCGGCGCCGGUGACUACCCGCUUUUGACUCUCCCCGAGCAGCUCCAGACGAGGCACUCUACAUCCAACCGCGCAAGCCUGCAGGUCGAUAGGAAAGCCGAACAUCGCAUCAGCCUACCGAGAUCGCUUCGUCAUUCGUACGACGGAAGGAGAUCCGGCGACCCCUCUCCCACUUUUCCCGACCUCGAUUCUAGUCUAGCCGACGACAAACACUAUACCUCUGUGGAACCAAAAAUUGAUUCCCGGGUAACGGGUGUACACUCCGUCGUUCGAGAUUUCGCCGUCAUCGACAAGGGCAAAGGCAAAGCAAUCAUGGAGCAAGGUACUGAGGGACAGGCGCGAGGCGCAUCCAAGGAUCUAGAACGUGGGCCCGAUGUUCUCCCACGCCUUUCGAAUGUUUCAGCCGGCGACGGUAUCGGUUCGGCCAUUUCCUCAUCCAAUUCAUCAAUUAUGGGAGAGGAAUUGCCGCCAGACCUUGGCGAAGAAUGGGGACCUCAACAUCCGUGCUUCCCUCACCUGAACCCACACGUCCCCAUCGAUUCUCUGGAGUACCAAAAUACGCGAAUCAUUCGUGUACGUAGAGAUUGGUUGUUGGAAGGAGACCUAGCCCCGACAUUCUCCAACUUGUACCCCGAGAUUCUUGAUCCGGCCGGUUUGUCAGAGCAAGAGUUUCGCAGGAUUAUUGACAAGCUUAACGGGGAGCUCGUGCCAAUCUUCAGCCCGUACAACUGGAGAAAUAUGAUUGACGGCGUUUUGGGGCUGGUGACUGGAUGGCUGUGGGACGAUUUGGGAUUUACUGGGGUUAAGGCCCGGUUGAAGCGCCUGGAACGCUGGAUCGACCAGUGGAACCUGGAGAUGGAGAAGACUGUUGGCAACGACGAUACCUCAAUGGCACCGCGCAUAAUCUCACUGCGGCGGACAGGCUAUAUGACUCUGGACAUUCAAAUCCCAGAUCCAGAAAUUGCCCCGGCUCCAAGCACUCCUGGGGGAUCGGGAAAUAUGCCAAUGGAGCCUGCGGCUGCUGUAACGGCAUAA